AUGCUUCAAGUGACCGUGGCGUUGUCCAGCGGUCGGAGUGCAAGUCUUUCCAUCGCACAUUCCUCCAAAGUUGGGGACCUGAAGGCUUUGGCCCAAGAGUCUCUUGGAAAGCCUUUCAUCAAGCUUGUGACUGGCGAAGGGCGCGUCCUGACUGAUCUCAGCGAACCCCUUGAGGCUGUGGGGCUGCAAGAUGGAGACCAGCUCACAAUGAUUGCAAGGCAGCCAUUCAAGAUGGCCGCAACUGGCAAAGCAUUUGCUUUGUGGACUGUCGGAGGUGACACGAUUCUCACGUGGGGCAAGCCUGAAUGUGGCGGUGACUGCUCUGCAGCCCAAGAUCAGCUAAGGAGUGUGCAGAAAGUGCAGGCCACCGAUUGUGCAUUUGCUGCCAUCCUGGAAGAUGGCUCUGUGGUGACGUGGGGCCUGCCCGCUUUCGGCGGUGACAGCUCUGCAGUGCAAGACAAGCUGAUUCGUGUGCGGCAGGUUGAGGCCACAGGUGGUGGUGCAUUCGCGGCAAUCCUGGAAGAUGGCUCUGUUGUUACCUGGGGCUAUCCAUUUUUUGGUAGUGACAGCUCUGCAGUCCAAGAUCAGCUGAGGACCGUGCAGCAGGUCCAGGCCACAUACUAUGCAUUUGCAGCGAUCCUUGAAGAUGGCUCCGUGGUGACAUGGGGCGAUCCACGCCAUGGGGUGACAGCUCCGCAGUGCAAGAGCAGUUGA